AUCUCUCGUCAGCCUGAUUAUAUUUUGUCAGCUUUGUCUUUGUGAUGGAUGGUUGUUUUCAAAUACCUGAAAACAAGAGCAAGCCAAUUGAAGCUUCUGUGUAAGACUUACAAGUAGCAGAAUAGUUUCUAUAAUAUGUGGAAGCUAAAGAUUGCUGAGGGAGGACCAUGGCUCAAGAGUGGGAACAGUCAUGUCGGAAGAGAAACAUGGGAAUUUGACCAAAAUCUUGGAACAAGUGAAGAGCGGGAGGCAGUUGAGGCUGCACAGUCCGAGUUCCAGAAGAAUAGAUUCAGAACAAGACACACCUCUGAUAUUUUAGCUCGCAUGCAGUUAGCUAAGGCGAACAACUUCAGUAUUGAUCUACAGAAAGAAAAAGACGCAAACCCAAUAAAUAUCGACACAGCUACAGUAUCAGAUAUACUGAAGAAGGCGCUCGGUUAUUUCUCAGCCAUACAGGCACAUGAUGGGCACUGGCCAGGGGAUUUCCCAGGACCAUUGUUUACCACUGCAACUAUGAUCAUAGUUCUAUAUGUCACAGAGUCGUUAAGUAUUACUCUGUCAUCAGAACAUCACAGGGAGAUCAUUCGAUAUUUGUACAAUCGUCAGAACAUGGAUGGAGGAUGGGGACUACAUGCAGAAGGUGAAAGUUCCAUGCUCAGCACAGCUCUUAACUAUACUGCUCUGAGACUACUUGGUGAGAGUCUCGAUGAUGGACCAGAUAUGUCCAUGCAUAAAGCAAGAAAAUGGAUACAUGACCAUGGAGGUGCAACAAUGAUACCAAUCUUGGGAAAAGUGUGGCUCUCGGUGCUUGGGGUUUUUGAAUGGUCAGGUGUAAAUCCUAUUCCCCCAGAAUUAUUUCUCCUUCCAUCUUUGGUUCCUAUCCAACCAGGACGUUUGUGGAGUCACUUCCGAAUGGCUUUUAUUCCCAUGUCUUAUUUAUAUGGAAAGAAGUUUGUCGGUCCUAUAACAAACUUGGUUGCAUCAUUAAGGGAAGAUCUACAUAUUCAUCCCUAUAAAAAGAUUGACUGGAAGGAGGCUCGCAAAUUAUGUGCAAAGGAAGAUGCCUAUAAUCCACAUACAUGGCUACAGGAGUGCCUAUCUGACUGCCUUUAUAAUUUUGGUGAGCCUUUUCUUACACGUUGGCCAAUCUCCUACAUGAGAAAAAGGGCUCUACAACAAAUUGCUGAGUUCUUGAAGUAUGAAGAUGAGAACUCCCAGUAUAUCUGCAUUGGUGCUGCACAGAAGGCACUAUCCAUGUUGUGCUGUUGGAUUGAAAAUCCCAAUUCAGAUGCAUUCAAGCGUCAUUUGGCUAGAGUGGCUGAUUUCCUAUGGGUUGGCGAAGAUGGCAUGAAAGUUCGGGUCUGUGCGGGCCAAUUAUGGGAUGUUGCUUUCGCAGUCCAAGCUAUAUUAGCAUGUAGUAUAGCAGGAGAAUUUGGAAGUACCCUCAAGAAAGCACAUGGUUUUAUAAAAUCUUCUCAGAUUAUGGACAAUCCUUCUGGUGACUUCAGCAGAAAGUACCGUCACAUAUCUAAAGGAGGAUGGGCCUUCCAGGUUGCAGAUCAGGGGUGGCAGGUUUCAGAUUGCACAGCAGAAGCCCUUAAGGCUUUGUUACUGCUAUCAAAGUGUUCAUCAGAUGGUGAAGAUUAUCAGAUGGAAACAUGCUGCUACUUUGACGCAGUGAAUGUAUUACUCUCUUUACAGAAUCCAAAUGGUGGGUAUGGAACAUGGGAGCUAGCUCGCACAUAUCCAUGGAUGGAGAUUUUCAACAUGACAGAGAUAUAUGCAGACAUCAUCGUGGAGCAUCAGUAUGUUGAGUGUACCUCAUCAGUCAUCCAAGCAUUGGCAUUGUUCAGGGAGAAGUACCCUGAGCAUCGGAAAGAUGAAAUAGAUCAAUGCAUCAGGAAUGCAACAGAAUUCAUUGAGAAGUUACAGAAUGAUGAUGGCUCAUGGUUUGGAUCAUGGGGUAUUUGCUUCACUUAUGGAACAUGGUUUGCUAUAGAAGGUCUGUCAUCAGUGGGACAGUGUUAUGAUGACAGCACCUGCAUAAGGAAGGCCUGUAAGUUUCUGUUAUCAAAGCAGCUUACGAAUGGUGGAUGGGGAGAGAGCCAUCUUUCAUCCAGAACCAAGGCAUACACAAACCUAGAUGGGGAGAAAUCGCAUAUAGUCAAUACUGCAUGGGCAAUGUUAGGACUCAUGAAAGCUGGACAGAUACAGAGAGAUCCUGCUCCUCUGCACAAAGCAGCAAGACUCAUCAUGAGCAUGCAGCUCAGUGAUGGUGACUUUCCACAAGAGGAAAUGAUCGGAAGUUUCUUGAAAAAUGGUCCAUUGUGUUAUAUGGCUUAUCGCAAUAUAUUCCCUAUAUGGGCUCUUGGAGAGUAUCAGAAAUUAGUACUUCAGAACUAUCAAACCUUCUAGCAUCAAGCAAACAAAUACAGCUCCAUCUGAUGGCAAUGCUGCUAUGCAGAAUUCAGCAAGUACAAAAGCCAACUUGAUUUCUUGGCAGAAUCAAGCAAAUGGCCCAGUGUAUUGUAGGCUAUGUGAAAAAGUACAAAACUCUAAAUCUAGAAUCUGCUGUAUUGUUUUGGCUGAUUUUAUGAGAUCCUUAUGAAUUUGUUGUACAUUCUUUAGAUCUGAUGUGCAGGAACAUGUACAUCACGAUUCACAUUUAGGUACUUUGAGAAGGAUAA